GAGUAGACUCGACAGAUUCCUGCUAUCAGAAGAUUGGCUACUAAAAUGGAAAGACAUGAAACAAUGGGGCUUGAAAAGAGACAUCUCAGACCAUUGCCCUGUUCUGUUGAAAAAUGAGGUGAAGAAUUGGGGCCCCAAACCAUUCCGCUUAUUCAAUGCUUGGCUCCAACAUCCUGAAUUCAAGCUUAAGGUUGCUGAAUUAUGGAAGACAACUCACAUUCAGGGUUGGGGUGGCUACAUCUUGAAACAAAAAUUGAAAGAAACCAAAUCCUUCUUGAAAUGCUGGAGUAAAGAGAAAUUUGGUGAGCUGGACAAGAAGAUCGAGAAUUGUAAAGAAACCAUUGCUACCUUAGAUGACAAAGGGGAAGUUUUUACACUUUCAAAUGAUGAAUUGGAGACACGGAGGCAAGGUACCAUGGAUCUUUGGAGAUUCUUGCAGGAUAAGGAGAGCAUGCUAAAACAGAAAUCCAGGUUAUACUGGAUUAAUUCUGGUGAUGCAAAUACAAGAUUUUUUCAUCAAAGCAUCAAACAAAGAUGGCGACGUAAUGAAAUUAACUGCUUGGAAAUAAAUGGUGUUCAGCUUCAGGAUGUUGAGGAAUUACAACAGGGGGUGGCAGAGCAUUUUGAGCUUAUGUUCAAAGAAGAUGAAUGGAGGAGACCACGGUUGGAUGGUAUUGAGUUUAACAGGUUAUCAACAGAGCAGAAUGCCACAUUAAUCUCACAGUUUACAGAGGAGGAAAUAAAAAAAACAAUAUGGGCUUGCAAUAGCUCAAAAGCUCCGGGUCUUGAUGGUUUCACUUUUGGCUUUUUGAAGACUAUGUGGGAGGAUGUGCGGAAGGAAAUCUGCGAUUUUGUGGUUGAUUUUCAAAGAAAUGGGAAGCUAGUAAGGGGCUCAAAUGCCUCUUUUAUUGUCCUCAUCCCAAAAAAGGAUAAUCCUAUUAGAAUUGAAGACUACCGACCGAUCUCCUUAAUCGGGUGUAUGUACAAACUCAUUUCAAAAUUACUAGCCAACAGGCUAAGUAAGGUGAUUGAGGGUUUAAUCGGGGAAAACCAGUCAGCAUUUAUAGCUGGAAGGUUGUUGGUUGAUAGUGUCAUUGUGGCAAACGAAACUAUAGACGAAAUCAAGCAGAAGAAAAAAAGAUGCUUCAUUUUUAAAGCUGAUUUUGAGAAAGCCUUUGACAAAGUCUCCUGGGAUUUUCUAGACUACAUGAUGUCUCGCAUGGGGUUUUGUGAUAUUUGGAGAAAAUGGAUAAAGGAAUGCCUCAGCUCUAGUACAGUUUCAGUUCUGGUUAACGGAAGUGCCACAAAGGAGUUCAAAGUUAGCAAAGGUCUUCGUCAAGGGGAUCCCCUAUCCCCCUUCCUUUUUCUCAUUGUUGCUGAAGGUCUAAACGGCAUUAUCAAUUCAGCUGUCUCAAAAAGCCUAUUUAAUGGAGUUCAGGUGGGGUCUAGCAACAUCACCAUUUCACAUCUACAAUUUGCCGAUGACACCAUCCUAUUUGGUGAAGCAAAUGAGCAGAACAUCAAAGCAGCCAAAAGCAUAAUGAGGACCUUCGAACUGGUUUCAGGGCUUAAGAUCAACUACAACAAAAGUACUUUGAUCGGAAUCAAUGUGGACACGGAAGAGAUAAAUCAUUUUGCAUGCUUUCUACAUUGCAAGCCUGGAAAACUCCCUCUGAUGUAUUUGGGCAUGCCAGUUGGCGCAUCUUUGAGGAGAAAGAGCACAUGGUCAACACUGGUGGCAAAAUUUGAAAGAAAACUGACUGGUUGGAAUAACAGAUUUUUAUCUAUGGGUGGUAGGAUUGUUUGCAUUAAUUCUGUGCUUUCUAGUCUUCCCGUAUUCCUAAUGUCUGCUUACUUGAUUCCUAUGGGUGUGAUUAAGAGGAUUGACUCAAUUAGGCGGGCUUUUCUAUGGGGUGGAUGGAGGGACACAAUUGGACCAGCUGGAUGAGGGAAGGCAGUAAGGGAGGGUCACGGUGGUGGCGAGACAUUGGUAGUAUAAAUCAAGUGUUAUUUG